UAGCCAUUUUGGUAUACUACAGGGGUGGGAGAAAUAUCCGUUUCUGCAGCUUUUCUUCCCGAUCUAUCCUCGUAAUUCACGCAUCCUCAAGUUUUUUACCUGCAACUCCGCUGACUUCCUCCAUUUCAAUCGGCCCAUCUCGCACGAAUUUUUAGGCAUUUCUCUGAAUCCCUCUUGUGAUCGCAUCGAAACUGAUUUGCUUCGUUCUUAAUUUCUGAGGAUUUCCGAGAAUUUUGAGAUCAUAUUAUUGUUGAUUUCUAUAUCAAUUUGCCCAAUCCAGGUGAAUCACUAAUCUAGUUUCGGAUUGGAACCUGUUUAUCAGUCGGUGGUAAGGAUUUGAGAUUUAUAGAUCGAGAUAGAUCAGAACGAUAAGGUUUCAUCAAACAGGGAUUCGCGACGAGAUCGUGGAAGGAAGAAUAUGAGAUUGCCCAUGGUUGAUUGUCGUAGCUUGAUUGAAUUUUGCCGAGCUUUCGAACAACACAAGAACAUGACGCCGACAACCAAUAACAACAAUCACUCUCGGAACAAUAAGAAGUACAACAUCGGUUCCGAUUCCGUUAACCCUUUAUCACAUCCGUUUUGCGACAGAUCCCCAUUCGCCGCCCUGGAUAUCCUUAUGCUGAUUCUGGUGCUCGGAGCACUUGGGUUUCUAAUCAUUCCAUACAUCAAUAUUAUAUAUCGUGAAACCAUCGAGAUUCUCCCUUUAGUUUUCGACGUCAUCCAAGAAGUAAUUUCCGAUGCGCCAAUCGCAUAUGUCGUCGGAGUAGUAGCAGCGUUCAGUGGUGUAAUAGCGACAAUCGCCGCUUGGGAAAUACUCGAAGUAAAAUCAAGAAAAUGUGGAAAACCUAAUUGUAAAGGGCUUCGUAAAGCUGUUGAAUUUGAUAUCCAGCUUGAAUCAGAAGAGUGUGUUAAGUAUCUGUCAACAGGAGGAACAUCAUCAGAUAACGAUGUGAAGCCAUUGGAAUUAGGGCAAGAUCAUAAGGAGCUGGAAGCGGAGUUGAAGAAGAUGGCGCCGGUGAAUGGCCGGACUGUUCUCAUUUUCCGAGCACCAUGUGGUUGUCCGGCGGGGAGAUUGGAGGUACGGGGGGCUAAAAGGAUCCGGAGAAUCAAGAAAUGAGUAAAGUACAUUUCCCUUUUUAGAUAGAAUAAAUAUGAGCUGAUGUUUUACUAUUCAGAACUCCUGUUUCACUUACAUACACAAUAAGGAAAGGGUCCAUAUGUUUAGUAUAAUUACUUGUCAAGUUAGAUUUAUUACAGACUUUGACUACAUUUACAUGAAUCUUUAUAAAUGUCCUAUUUGCUUCAUAGAACUUUAUACAAUAUCCUAUUUCAUAUACA